CUUUGAAUACGAGAUUACGAGAAAUGGAUCACGGCUGUGGCGUUCGCGACCAACAUAGGUAGUAUAUGCUCUUUGGCACAUCUGUUCUAUGCAUCUUCAAUCCGUACGCUUUAUCACAUCACAACGCCAUCAAUGUAUACGUAGGCCCAGUCCACAUUGGAUGCUCCAUCCAAGAUGACUUCGGCAGUCCAGCUCAAAGGCAUGAACGACGGCCUCGAACGUCGCCACUCAACCGGACCAACAUCUACAAGCACCACUCUAUCGCCCUACACCGCAACGAACUCCACCACAGCCCACCGACAAUCCACCUCCGCCAUCGACCUGAGCCACAGCCCUUCAAACGACGAAUCCCCAUCUGACUACGAAACCCAACCUCAAGACUCCCCUAGCUUCGCACCCACCCACACCUUCUGGAUAACCCCACACAGCCUCUUCACACGCUCCAUCCCCGUCUACGACCUAACAUCGGGCAUUUCAACCCCCUACACAGGCCUGUCCCCAGCCUACAAAGCGGCAGUCCAAAAAGCGCUAAAAGACCACUGCCCGACCCCCUGCUACACCCUCACGCGCCAAAACUGGCUCGGCCUCCGCUACACCAUCACUGAUGUCGCUAGUGUCCCUGUUGCUGAAUGGAAGCACCCUUGGUCCUCCGUCGGCGAAGCCCUGCUCACAUUCCCGGCCGACAGUACGCACAGCACGCACGCGGUGGCGCUGCGGAACAAGCGGUGGGGUCGCCGCACCGAAACAUUUGUAAUGGAUUCGGUGACGUAUGAGUGGGCGAGCGAUAGCUUGCUUGUGUCGCAGUACAUGACGCUGUAUAAGGUGCUUGGCAGCCAGCGGGCCGAGGUGGGAAAGUUUGCGGCGAAGCGAUGGGGGGGUUGGAGCACGGGGGGUACCUUUGUUGUAGAUACGAAUGAAGUCGAUGAGUUGGUUGCUGUAUUGAGCCUGGCGGUAGUGUUGAAAAAGAAGCGUCAGAGAGCUGCCAAGCGUCACGGGGCCUAA